AUGGCUUCUACAACCCUAUUCCGUCUCGCUACGCGCACUCCGGCCACUUUCUUCAAGGCCGCUCCAUACGCCGCUCGUGCCAGAGUAUCUGCUGCCGUCCCUGCUCCAAUCUUCAGAGCCAGCGCAUUCAGCACCACCCCCAUGCGAUUCAGCGGUGCUCACGAGGAGGAGACCUUCGAGCAGUUCUCUGCCCGAUAUGAGAAGGAAUUUGACAGCGUACAGGACGUUUUCGAGCUGCAGAGAAACCUUAACAACGCCUUUGCUUACGAUCUCGUUCCAUCCGUUGCCGUCAUGACUGCUGCUCUCAAGGCUGCCAGAAGAGUCAACGACUUCCCCACUGCCGUCCGUGUUUUCGAGGGCAUCCGAUCAAAGGUUGAGAACCGAUCUCAGUACGAGCUCUACCUUGAAGAGCUCAAGGAUCUACGAGAGGAGCUCGGUAUUGUCCUCCAGGAGGACCUAUACCCGGAAGAGUCCAAGUAG